UUUCUAUUUCAACUUUAUUCCUCUUCAGCACAUUUUUCACUUCUCCCCUUCACAGCGCCAGCCAUGGUGACUCUGGACCCUCCCUCUAGCUCUACUGCUUCCGUGGCAAUCACCUCACCAGGCUCCACCCCCACCCCCACCCAGCAGUCCACCUUCUCUCUCCCCAAAUCGACCAUCUCCCGAAAGAAGCCGCCUGGUCUGGAUAUCUCCAAGUCCAUACUUCGCCCCACUCGCUCAGUUCCCGGACUCCCUCCAACUGGCGACUCUCCCGUUGGCAACUUUGUCUCUGAGGCAGACAAGCUUCGAGACGACAUUGCGCAAUUGCAGUUGAGCAGUCGCUCCACUGGUUCUCACCGCUCAGACGAUGAGGCUGAAGCGGCUGGCCUUCAGAGUGACGACUCGGCCGCCUCUGGCGCUCACAAGAAGGAGAAGAAAGAGAGCAAGUCUGGCAAAGAUGGGAAGGAGAAGAAGAGGAGAAAGUACAAGGACAAGAAUGGGGAGGAUCUUGUCAAGGAAGAGGAUCUGGAGAAUAUUGAAGACUUGGGCGCUGGAAACGGUGGAACUGUUGCAAAAGUGUGGAACAAGAAAAGAAAUUGCAUUAUGGCCAAAAAGCUUGUGAUGGUCGACGCCAAGCCGUCUAUCCGAAAACAAAUAUUGCGCGAGCUGCAAAUCAUGAACGACUGUGACUCGCCGUACAUUGUCGGAUACUAUGGGUGCUUUCCCGUGGACGUCCACGUCGGUAUCGUCAUGGAGUUUAUGGACGCUGGGUCGCUGGACCACGUCUAUAGGAAGAAUGGUCCCAUCGACAUUAGUAUCGUGGGCAAGUGUGCGGAAGCUGUGGUUCGUGGUUUAAUGUACCUGUACGAUGAGCAUCGUAUCAUUCAUCGAGACAUCAAACCUUCCAACAUAUUGGUCAACACCAAAGGCGAGGUCAAGAUCUGUGACUUUGGUGUGUCGGGUGAAUUAAUUAACUCUAUCGCCAACACCUUUGUCGGCACCAGUACCUACAUGAGCCCCGAACGUAUCCAAGGGACAAACUAUACCAUCAAAUCAGACAUUUGGUCGCUCGCCAUUUCCAUCAUCGAGCUCGCCACGGGCCGAUUCCCCUUCUCAGACAAUCCAGAUGCGGAUGAUCUCUCACCGACUGCCUCUGACUUUGACCCUGACCCAACUCUCCCCCGCUCUGCUCAAAGACCUCAAGUUGACAAGAAGGAGCGUGUCAGUGUGGCUCCGGCAUACAACAUGUCAAUUCUCGACUUGCUGCAAUAUAUCGUCAACGAGCCUGCCCCGAAACUUGCUAGUCGUCGGUUCAAGUUCCCGGAGGAGGCAGUGGAGUGGGUUGAUGAUUGUCUGAUCAAAGACCCCGAUUUCCGACCUGGGCCCAAAGAGCUGUUGGCAAUGGACUGGGUAGCCAAUUCAAAGGUGACCCAGGAUGAUCUCCGAACUUGGGCUCAGUCUUUGAAGAAAGACUAGCUUUAACCCCCGAUGCUGCAAUCAUCACGAUCAUUCACGAUGCGUCCCACAUACCACACGUUGUCUGAAAAAUGUUUAUAUAAUGCCUCCCAUAGCUCUCAUGUCUGUACACAGCACUCUUUGACCUCUAUACCCUCAUCCUGAUCGCCACAGAUACCGUCCACUUUACCAUAAGACCUUCAGAAGAUCUGUCGUCCUCUGAUAGGGAAGUCGGUAUAUAUAUUAGCAUGGCCCGUUCUAAUGUCCAUUCAUACAUUUGUCACUAGCACGAGAUGUGACCCGUUACACGUUCCAAUAUAUACACAGGUCGGUCAAGGUACCGGAUCAAUGUUCGCUGUUUGGUCAAGGAACAACCGCUGAAGACAAGCUCGGCGAGACACGUGAGAUGUGGACAAGGAUAGGGAGCCAGAUGCCACAUGACUGUUGCCCCAAGACAUCGUGGGUCUGACUCAAAGCUGAGACAUUGG